AUGAAUGAGGAGAAGAUGCUGCCAGCACCGGAAGAGGGCCUCCGGAUGGUACCUGACCAGUGGACUAGCCUGAUCGGCUUGGAAGAUCCAGCUGCUCAGAGGUCGUGGUCGCUAUAUAAGCCACCAGCCGCUCUAUCUUUACUCCCGCAAGACCAGGAGAUCUCACCGAAAGCACUCGAGAUUGUGUUGUGGUCUCUUGAGCGAGCAUCUACCACUCGAUCGCAGCAACCAGCAGUCGCUAGACCGUCACCUUUCCCUCACGCAGCACCCGAAGUAUUCAGCUCCGCAGAUGACACCAGAUCCGCCAUCCAGGAUCGGCCGCUGGACGCCGCUGAGCCGGCAGCCGGUAUCUCUUCAUCGCGAGCAAAGAUCAUCGGUCGCAUCAAGGGAAGAACAAUUGACAAAGUCUCGCAGUCAUCGAAAGGGCCGAAGACUGCUGACCCGGUAAUGACUUCGGAGUCACUGGUCGAGUGUACUAGUUGCUUCGACGAUCUACCAGUUUCGAAUCUGCUCAGGCUGCCCUGCACGCAUUACUACUGCAAGAAAUGUCUGUCAACACUCGUCAUGACUGCCGCUCAGACAGAGAGCUCCUAUCCUCCGAAAUGCUGCCUCUCAGAAGUACCACCAAAGCUCGUUGUCAAAGUGCUUGACGCCAAGGAAAUGGAAAUAUACAAGAACAAGUCGACAGAAGCGCAGCAGUCCGCGCAAGCGCGUGCAGAGGACGAAGAGAUGCGAGUAAUCCUUCUCAAUAUUCGGCGAUAUGAGCAACACGAAGCUCGGGAGCGUGAGCAGCGAAGGCAAGCAGAAGAGGAAGCACUUCGGCAAGAAGCUGAACAGCUCGCUGUGCUCGAAGCCGAGAGACUUGUCGAGGAGGAACGACGUCGACGACAGGAGCGGGCUGAUGCAGAACAAUUGAGGCAGGCACUCUCGCUGAGCGUGAAGCUGGAGGCCGAUGAACUUCGGGACACCAUGAUGAAGAUCAUCCAUCUACAACAUGUUGCUUUGGACGAUAAGCACGGCCAUGCUGAGCAAAAGCUUCUUAGCGCCUUUGACGCCAUGAAACGCGAACAAGAGAAUAAACAGACCAUGCUGCUACCGAACAAAAGAUUGGCAGCAGCAUCACGUGUCGAAAGUAUACGGCGCCGACAUGAGAUGGAGAAGAAAGAGCUCGCCGCGCAGCAUAAGAAACAGCGAGCUGAACACUCUAGCGCCAUCUCAAUUCAGAUCAGCAGAAAUCCCUUCAGAGCAGCAUGGGCCGCCAGACAAGAGGGCGACUUACUGAUGAUCCAGCGAGUUCAGACACACGAUUUGGAGGUGAAGCACAAUCGGGCUCUCCACCUCGCACAGAGCUCCUCGGAACGGGAACUGGGCUUGAUCGGGAGAGCGAUUGAAAAAGAAAUGCUCCGGUCGAAAGUGGACCAUGAUAAGCGCAUGGGUCAACUGAUCGCUGAAGCGUCUAUCGAGCGUCAGUGGUAUUUGACGGUCAGCGAACGAAGAUUGGCGAUGGUCGCAGAACACGUCCGACUCAUGAGUGAGGCGUUGUUCCAUGGUCGAGAUCCUGUGGGUCUCACGGUUGACAGGGCAGCGAAUGUACGCCCAAUUGCUGCGCUACAAAAGCGAGAACUCUCGCUGCAUACUUUCCACAACUCCAAGCCGCUCUCCCCAGGCGAGCUGUCGGGCUUUCCAUGGAACAGCAGCCCCGAGCUCCAACGAUCUCGAGGGCAGGCAAUGUCAGGCGACAACAAAAGGGCAGAGCAUCGAAGCGAUCCCACUGCUCUGAGCGAGCGGGCCCUGAACACACAUCCCAACUUCUCUCACCCUUUGACGGGCCCUGGGCAAUUUUCGAUGCCUGCAAGUCUAGUGUCUGGGCGGACUCAAUUGCCUGCUCGCCAGUUGACACCACCAGAUCCAGACGAAGACAUUCUGCGGAAUGGCACGGCGUUCAUUGCAAUGAAACGUGGCGAGCCCAGCAGUCGCAAGCCCCAUCUCGAGCUGACGGAGAUUCCAGACGUUGCCAUGCCGCCAACACCACCAGACUCGCCACUUCUCAGUCCACGGAUCACUAAUGUCGUGCAGCGUAAGCCGCUACCGACUCACGUGUGGGGGAGCUCGUAUGCACUCACCGGGAUGUCGGCCUCAUCCACAAACUCGGUGAAACCGGCCCGGCAGAGCGGCGCUCCAGUACACGACUCGUGCAAGGCGUUGUCGUCUUCAGCGGACAUACCAUUUGCGCGCGCCGAAGCCGACCGGGCCGCAAGGAAGGCUCAGCGAGGCUUGUUCAUACAGAGCCGCCCCACCCCUUUGCCAGAUGUUGGGUCACUAGAUCCAUACCCGAGGGGGACCGCUACCGUAGGAUACCUCUCCGUGGACGAUGAGAAUGACAAACUCGCCACAGGUGUAACGACGCCACAAGGAUCUCAGGACAGUGGAGAUACGGUCACUGAAAACGAAGGCAAACGAGUGAGGCUGAGGAAUCUUCUGAAGCGCCAGAAGGAGAAGCUAUAG